UCCCGUGACGAUGGAGAUGAAAGAUGUGCGUGAAGAUCUGGUCGCCCUUCGCCGGGAGGUGUCCGCCCUUCGUGAAGUGGUGGCUGCCCUUCGUGAAGAGAUGUCCGCCCUUCGUGGAGUGGUGGCCCCCCUUCGUGAAAAGGUGACCAUUCUGAGUGAGGUAGUGGCGAAGGACAAUUCGGACACGAAGAAGCUCAAGGGGGAGAACGCCGCACUUCACGGUGCGGUGGUCCGCCUGGAGCAGGCAGUUAUCGAGGAGCGGACCACUCGCCAGACCGUGGUGGAGGAGCUGCGGCAGGAGGUCCGCCGGCGAGCGGCGCCAUCCGGCCGUCCCCAGGGUAAAAUUACAAAAGCGUUUCAUGACGUCAUAGUACAGACGGAGCCCCAGCCAUCGGCAGUCAAUGACGUCACGGUACAGACGGAGCCCCAGCCAUCGGUCGCCAGUGUAUUCAAAACCCUUGAGGAGGCGCUCGGCCUUGCAACCAUGACGACGUUCGACGCUCCGUCAGCCCUUGGCGAGAAUCAGCUGACGGCGCUCCUGCAGAGUCUUCCCCGCUUGGAGGAGCUGACCGUCAGAGUCCCGUUUUUCGGAACGGGGCGGUGGCUGCGGCUGCUGCCGACGUCACUUAGGACGCUAUACGUUGCAGGGCUGGAGGUGACGGAGCCGAGGUGGCCGGGACGGUACGGGAGUGGUCUGUCGGUAUCUCUCCAGGGGGUGGCUGCCGACACCAUCAGCUACCUGGCCACGGAGCUGGGGUCUCGGAUUACGCUACUAGACACAGAUGAUCAUUUUGGAUCACAAUUUCAAUCGCCCACCAUGGUUGGAGGCGGAGCUGUCAUCGUUUUGUCAUUCUUUGCCUUGCUGAGUAAUGUGCUGGCCCAUGAAUGUUAUGUAUGCACAGAACAAGAUGGAAACUCCGGCAAAUGUACGACUACUGUGGCACUAUGUCAGUAUGAAGAGGAAUCCUGCAUGACCACCGUCGGCUGGGGAAGCCAGCCCGGCUGGAGGAUCGGCGUGCCAAUGGUACACUUUGUGACGAAACGCUGCGCCACCGACGCCGAGUGCGAGCGCCGCCGGCGCGCCGACGAGCCGCUCUGCACGCGCAACGUGUACGAGGACUGGCGCUGCACAUCGUGCUGCAAGGGCGACCGCUGCAACUACUACGUCAUCGACGGCGCGGCCGAGCGGCGCGCCGGUCUGCUGUGUGUGGCUCUGGCCGGACUGGCCCUGCUGCUUCCGGCCGCGGGACUGCCGGGUCGCUGAGCUGUGACCGCGCCGGACUGGACCGGACCGGGCUGCGGACCACCGGACCGGACCGGACUGGACCGCGGACCACCGGACCGGAGUCGGAGGGGGCGGUCAGGUCAGCCGGGAGUCACGGGGAGAGCGGGGCUGCCGUGCUCACCCGCUGCCGACCGCGCUGCCCGUGACCGUCUGAACCGGCAGCUAGGAUACUUAAGACAUUAUUUCUAAUUUUCUAAGCGGGCUAUUGCACUGUGAAGUGGGGACGUUUUUAUAUCUUUUUACACAUAUGCUGCACUGUUUGACACUUUUUGUAAACGUUUAUACAUUAAGUUUAUGGGACCAUUUUGGUGGCGCUUUACGUCGGAAGACAUUAGUGAUUCAUCGGGCGCCACCAUCCGUGUACCGUGUGCCGCUCUUGCCGGGGCGGAGUCCCAAGUGGCGCUGCGUACGGCGCCGGAGCUAGUAGAUCUGCACUCUCCUGUGAUACUCUGGCGGGCAUUGUGUCUUUCCGGUGGUCGGUUACUCUCUGUGAUGCUCUGACUGAUCUCAGGCGCUCUGUUCCUCUGUAUGCCGCGCCUCGAGCUCACAUUUGUCGCGGCCGUCCGUGACGGGGGCGUGGCCGUCCCAUCCAGCUGUAACUGUACGGAGGCGUCCCGUCCAGCUGUAACUGUACGGAGACGUCCCAUCCAGCUGUAACUGUACGGAGUACGUCCCAUCCAGCUGUAACUGUACGGACAGUUGUGUCUUUUUGCCACGGCAUCCAGUGUCCACUGUCCAUGGAUGAUUGGGAUGCUACGAAUCUUCGUUAGUUCAAGUGGCGACUAUCGCCUUCCGAUGUAGUGAAUUGUAGUUUGAAUUAAACAUGUCACGAGCAACGAAUGGUUGACGAUCAUCCCAGGGUGCGAACUCGCUUAAACGGAACAAACUCGUCUUAUCAACGGAACAAUGCAUAGGCCAAACAAACGGUGUUCAUCCUAUGAGCAGGGUUCCAUUUGAGGCGAGUAGGUACUGCUCCCUCUCCUUGGGCUGGUUUGCAUGUCUCGGUGGCCCCUAGCCAUCUCACGGACAGCGAACGCGCUGUGAUCAGUCAUGUGAUCGUUAUCAUGUGACUACGCGUCAACGAUUAGCUAGGACCACUUCGUUAGGUGUUCAUUUUGAUACAAAUACUUUUUAAUACACGCCGUCCAAUUUCUAA